AGUGUUUUAUAAAAAAAAAAAAAGAAAAUAUAAAGUGGAAUGAGAGAGAAAUAAAAACAAAGUGAAAAAGAACAAAAGGAAAAGAAGAAAUGGAGUAGCUAAACUCUGACAUAGCCAGUCACCACCCCAUUCAUCACCAGCCACGCCACCAUCUUCUUGGCCGCGCCUCCUCCUCACUGGUCCUUCUCUUAUUCUACGCACACAGUAUCUGUUUGCAAUUAAAGUAGGUGUGCAAAUGAAGGAGUUCGUCUCUGCAGUUUAAUUUUGAUGUAGUAGGUGGUCUUAUCAAGGCAACGACCUGGGGCUUUUGUUCUUGUUUCUUUUGCGUUGUCGUCCCUCAGAUAAAGACCUUUCCUGUCGUGGGCUUCAUCCUCUCCUGACAACCGUACACAUUUCUCUCUCCCACGUAAAAGCAGGUGAUCUUUAUCUAUUUCUUCUUGUUUCUCUCUAAAUAUAUACAUGUUCCUAUUACAAAGAGAGAGAGGGAUGAAAAUCUUGCAAGAUUUCUUCGGGUUUUGGGGGAUAUGGAAUUGCUGAUUUCGCAUUUGGUGUCACAUGCUCAAUAUUAAUUGUUGAGAUAGAAGGAGACCUUGGUUUCUUUUGGUGGUGGGUGCUCAUGCACAAAGUAAUAAUAGCCCGGGUUUUCAACUGUGUAGUAUUAGAUUCUUAAGAACCAGAGAAAGUAGACACGUUGAUUUCACUCUCUUCUCUAUAUUUGAAAUGCCUCUCUCUAGUCUCCUGUCUUCCCUCAAAACCUGCAUGCACCAUCACAGGCCAAAAGCCAAUCCAUUUCUUAACAGUUCUUUGAAGGGGAAAAAAGAACAUCCAUAGCCAAACCCAAACAAGAAAGCAGAGAAAGAUGCGGCAAGAUAAAGGAGGGAGUGAAGAGAUCAUGAAACAGAAUCAAGAUCGGAGACUGAAGCCGAUGCAAGUGGAGAAUCAACAGCAACAGCAACACCAGCCGCAGAAAUGCCCUCGCUGUGACUCGCUCAAUACAAAGUUUUGUUAUUAUAAUAAUUACAGUCUCUCUCAGCCUCGAUACUUUUGCAAGACCUGCAGAAGGUAUUGGACUCAAGGUGGAACCCUAAGGAAUGUCCCUGUAGGAGGCAGUAGCCGGAAGGGAAAGCGGGGAAAAACAUCAUCGUCAUCUACAUCUUCUUCCUUUACUGAGAAUUCUACGUCUCAAUCGCAGCCACAACCUUUGAGUCUGGGGAGCUCAGAGAAUAUCAUGUCUACUACAAAUUCAGGUAAUAUUGCGACUUCAACUUUGAUCAGGACUAAAGAGUCAUCCGGUAAUUUGGUUUUACCUCCUGGAAUUUCUUCUAUGGGAUCGUAUUAUUCUGGUGGUGGAUUCUUGACUUCUUUGGCAACAAUUCAAUCUUUAAAUAACCAACCACCUCAAUCUUUGAGUCUAAAUCAAGCAGUGAAUCUGGGUGGUGAUUUGGGAGUUACUUCAAAUCUGAGUCUUUUGAAUAGUUUUAAUGCUUUUGGGUCGCAACAACAGCAGCAAAUCCAACAACAAAGGCAAAUUUACCAUAUUGGUAAUAGAGAAAACAAGAGCGGAGACCAUCCUUUUUGUGGCAGCUCUUCUCAAUCUCAGCAGCAGCACCGAUGUUUUGUCAAUACCAUUAACCCUACUGUAUCUGAUACCUCUUUGUGGAGUAUCAGCACCAGUUCCACCACAGGAACCACUAACAACAAUAGCACCAUCACUGCUGGCUCCUUUCCUUUGAACGCCCCAGCUGAUCAGUGGCAUGAUUUAUCAGGUUAUGGUCCUCCACCUUGAUCUCUAAACAACAAACUCUCUCAAAGAAUUCUUUUGCUUUUUGUAUACAUAUCACAAAUGAACCUUUCCUUCUUUCUUUUUUUUGCCUUUACAUUCUCAAAAUGGUUUCAUUUGGCGGAUUGGGGGAUAGUAUGGUUCUUCUCUUGGAAUAUAAAAAGUGGUGUAAAUAUAGGAGAGUAGAGGAUACAGGGUAGUGUAUUGGCCUUUGUGCUUAUAUCAUACAGAGAAUUUCUGGUUUGGAUUAGGUUGUUUUGAACUUUUUUUAUCAAAGAUGAUGUGUUUGCUUAAA